AUGAAGCAGUGGAGUAGAGAAAUUCGCGGAUCCAUCAAUCGACAAUUUUCACCUUCAGUUCCUUCAGCUAAUUUAAGCCAAGGCACUCAAGGAAGCAACCAAUAUCGAAGAACCAGCUACCGCAAGUGUGACAGAGCAAGACGGAGUUGGUCAGACCGUGAAGAUGUUGCUCUUAUUGGUGCACUGAAGGAGUUGGUGGCUCAAGGAUGGAAAUCUGAUAAUGGAUUCCGUUCAGGGUAUCAGAAGAAGCUCGAGCAUUGGUUGAAGACGGACUUCCCCAACACUGAUCUAAAGGUUAGCCCGCACAUCACUUCUAAGAUAUCGGCAUGGAAGAAGAACUACUACUCACUUGCCCAGAUCCUCGAGAGGAGCGGUGUUGGUUUUAACGAACUGGGUGAUUUCAGAAUUCAUUGUGAUGAUGACCAAUGGGAUCAGAUUGUUAGACAAGAUAAGAAUGCAAGGUGCAUGCGAUGGAAGUCUUGGCCAUAUUGGAAUGAUUGGAAAUACAUCUUCGGGAAGGACAGGGCUUCAGGUGGAGGUGCUGAGGGUGUGUCUGAGGCUGACAAGAACUUUGUGCAAGAAGAACUCGCUGGUGAUGCAGAGGGGUAUGGUGAUUAUCAUGUGUUUUUUGGAUGA